CAUAGUGUGAGGAAGCAAGCAGGGAGGGAGCUCCAGCACAGCCAGGCGGGGCCUGUAUGAGUAGCAGUGCUGUGUGUAUGUGUGCAUUGCCAGUGACGCUAGUUUUGUAUUCAGUGGAACCCAUCAGACAAGCAGGAGGCGAGGAUAGCUGUGUGCCCUGUGCGCUGUGGAACAUGUAAUGCACAAUCAGGGAAGACCGCACAUUUGUGGCACAAAAUAACAGCCCUAACUGCCAGUGAGAAAAAAGGGGGUGCUGAACUAGGUGACAGCCAGGAUCUAAAUCAUUCUGCUCUGUGAAUCAUCACGUCCGGGAGGAUUUUGGGGCCUUUUGACUGCAUAAAUGAUCAGUGCACUUCUUAACCUCUGCUCCAGAUGACUUACAACUGAAGAAAGAUGUCUGCUGUAACAGAAAAUGGGAAUACUACAGACGCCAAACCUACUCAUGGGGAGAAAACAUAUAAAAAGACGGCUUCAUCUGCUAUUAAAGGCACCAUUCAACUGGGGAUAGGCUACACUGUUGGGAACCUUACAUCUAAGCCAGACAGAGAUGUGCUUAUGCAAGACUUCUAUGUAGUGGAAAGCGUUUUUUUACCAAGUGAAGGGAGCAAUCUAACCCCAGCCCAUCAUUAUCCAGACUUCAGGUUUAAGACAUAUGCUCCUCUAGCAUUUCGGUACUUCAGAGAACUUUUUGGUAUCAAGCCGGAUGAUUACUUGUAUUCACUCUGCGGAGAGCCCCUGAUAGAACUGUCCAACCCUGGCGCUAGUGGCUCCAUAUUUUUUGUAACCAGUGAUGAUGAAUUUAUCAUCAAAACGGUUCAGCACAAAGAGGCAGAGUUUCUUCAGAAGCUCCUCCCUGGCUACUAUAUGAAUUUAAAUCAGAAUCCCAGGACGCUUUUACCUAAAUUUUAUGGACUUUACUGUCUUCAGUCAGGGGGAAUAAAUAUUAGACUUGUUGUAAUGAACAAUGUUUUGCCACGUUCACUGAAGAUGCAUUACAAAUAUGACUUGAAAGGUUCAACAUAUAAACGCAGAGCAUCACGAAAAGAACGCGAGAAAGCAUUUCCUACAUAUAAGGACCUGGAUUUUCUCCAGGAUAUGCAUGAAGGAUUGUAUUUUGAUCCAGACACAUACAGUGCAUUGAUGAAAACACUACAGAGGGACUGUCGAGUUUUAGAAAGCUUCAAAAUCAUGGACUACAGUCUUCUGUUGGGGAUUCACGUGCUUGAUCAGGCAUCCAAAGAAAGGGAAGGCGAGAGUUCUCAUUACUCUAUUGACAACAAGCGCCCAUCAGUGCAAAAAGUUCUUUAUUCCACAGCACUAGAAUCCAUACAAGGCCCAGGGAAGGCUGUGGAUGCAGUUAUAAAAGAGAGCACACUGGGAGGUAUUCCAGCUAAAAACCAUAAGGGAGAGAGACUGCUGCUUUUCAUGGGUAUCAUUGAUAUCCUUCAGUCCUACAGGCUGAUAAAGAGACUGGAACAUUCCUGGAAAGCGCUUGUUUAUGAUGGGGACACAGUGUCUGUCCACAGGCCAAGUUUUUAUGCAGACAGAUUUUUGAAAUUUAUGAAUUCCAGGGUCUUCAAAAAAGUGCAAGCGUUAAAGUCAUCUCCUUCCAAAAGGCGAUGCAAUUCCAUUCCAGCCCUGAAGUCAUCUUCCCAAGAGAUACUAUCUGCCAACAACCAGGAAUGGCAAGAAGAGAAUAACAGGCGGCUUGUUGAGGGCCAGAGCUUUAAAAGCCUUGAUGAAGAAGCAUUAAAUUCAAAGCAACCGCCGGACCUUGUGCCAAGCACCCCAUCCUUGUUUGAAGCUUCUUCGCUAACGACAACAAUAUCUUCUUCCUCGUUAUAUGUGGAUGAACAUUAUCAUUAUGAGGAUACUAUUCAGUAUUCUAGCAGAAGAGGUCUGCCGUCAAGUUCAACAUUCACCCUGGAAGACAGUGCCUACCAGACUUCUGAACAGAGCACAUUAGAGACAGAGAAUGACAAUGCAUCGGUCCUGGACAUCUAUUUAUAAAGUGAGAAAAAAACGAGUGAAAUGAAAGACUGACCAUUUGGAACAGAGUGCAUUAGACAACAUUAGUUGUGAUUGAAAGUGAGAUGAUUCCCUAAGGCUUUAUCCUUGACAUGGAAAGAAGAUUUACACUUCAGUGUCGGUGAAGAGCUGUCAGAUUGUACAGGAAAAGUACAGUAUGUUGCACUCCAUUCAUGGAACUGUGAAAGACUAUUGCAUUAUAGCUCCUCAUUCCUUUGCUGCAAAUCGACUUGGACUUGGAUCUCCUGAAAGAUUCCUUUUUUCAUUUGCAUGUCUGUGCUGUCAAUUCUACAAGCAAUGCCUGUGAUCUGUCAGCUGCUGUAAAACUAAAGAACAGCCUCAUUGCAGCGUCUAUUCUUCAGAAUCAAUAAUCACUAAAUUCAUUCUCGUCAGAUUGUAAAUUAAUUUCAUGCAACAAUUAACAUUCUAAAUGGACAUUUACUUUAUGGAAGAUAGCUUUCAAGAUAUUUUCAUUAUGUUUACUAGAGAAAAAUGAAGAAAAUGUGCUAUUUAUAACUAUGCCUUAUGUUGUGUACAUACAUUGUCUUUGAUAUAUUGUGAUCUAGUUUGUUGCUUGUAAAAGAGAAAUUAUAUAAUUUAUUUAGAAGAAAUAACUGUAUACUAUAGUUUUAUUGAUAAAAGAAAUUAAAUAUUUUGUUCUCAUAA